AUGUCAGUAGUAUUAGAGGAACUUCGUCAACUUCAUGAAACCAUUGAAAUGUACGACGAUGAAAUUGUUCGUCGUCUUAAAACCGUUCCCACUCUUCAAGAAGAGAAGAUUCAAAAUGACCACAUCAUCAUGUCUCUGAACAGGGCGAUUAACGACAAAACCCAUCGAUUGAUUUCCUUGUACAGCGAUCAGUCCAACGAGUUAUCUAACGACCUCAAAAAGCUUACUGUAGAGUCUGACUCAUCGGACCCCCUCAAAUUAUUCACCGACUUUCACAACACAAUUUCUGCUCUAAAAAGUUCUUAUGUUAAUAAAGACGUGACCUUUGUCUCCACUUUCCAAAUUCCAGAAGUCGAAAAUAGUGAGCGCUAUUUGGGCUUGUUCUCUGGAGAAGAGACGAACGGGAAGUUCCUCGACUUCUUUGCGAUCUUUCAAACAUUAAAUAACAUCCCCUUCCCAGAACACAGUGAUUUUGAUGUUCAGUCGAUCAAGUACACUGACUUCCUCGACUUCUUCUAUGACUUUGACAAUGAAGUGAACAUCACAAUUCGAUACCUUUCACCUUUAGAACACUACUUGGACUAUUUAAAGCAGAUUAAAACGUAUUUGGUGUCGUUCUUAACCCGCUCAAAGCCCCUCGAAGAGUUCGACAAACACGUCAGUGACAUCGAAACGAGUGCACACGAGCAUAGCGCCGAUUAUUCAUUAAAGAGUGCUUUAGAAGACAAAUAUGAGUACUGUGUCUAUUGCGGGAAGAAGUUUGCGAAGGCAAGUGUCUUUGGCUAUCACAAAAAGUCUGCGCCGCAUCUCAAGAAUGUGACUUCAAAGAGUGCUUUAACUGCGGAAAUUGAACUUUUGAUGUCUGUCAUCCACACUAUUUGUCUUCGCGAGGACAUCCAAACUACUUUAAAAGAUACCAAAGAGAACAUCUCGACGAAGAUGGGGCGCACCGCGACGGAUGUGAUCGAGAUCGAGCGCGGCAACAUCGAGUUUCUUCAAGAUGAAGUCGAGAUCAAGAAAGAGGACGUCGAAGCUCCAGAAGAGCAGCAGCGUGGGAUCGACAACUAUCCGAUAGGUGAAGAUGGUAAGCCUAUACCCGUCUGGUUAUACAAAUUCCGUGGCUUAGGGACAAUGUACUACUGUGAGAUCUGUGGGGGGUGUGGCUAUAAAGGGCGCAAGAAUUAUGAGAAGCAUUUCGAAGAGGCCAAGCACAUCCGUGGCUUGAAGUGUUUAGGUAUCGAGAGUUCUAUCGAGUACUUCGACAUCUGUCGGAUCAAAGAUGCCAUCUCUCUUAAAGCCAAACUCGAUGAAAUGAAAAAGAUGGGACGGUUCGAUGUGAUGAAUGAAGCAGAAUAUGAGGAUCCCGAUGGCAACUUGAUCUUAAAGAAAGAUUAUGACAUGUUAAAGCGGCAAGGAUUGAUUUAA